UGUGUGUUUGGGGGGGCUGAGAUAAGGGGGUCCGAUAUACGGGUCCAGAGGGAGGGGUGAGAAGUCCGGAGUUUAAAAAGACAGGGCGCUCCUCUCCCUCGCACAGACGCGUUUAUGCUAGCUGCCAGUGAGGAGAGAUUUACCUCAGAUUUACCUCAGCCUGCUUAGACUCUGCUUUAUUUUAAGGGAAAAAACUAACUUUUUCACUUAACUCAAUACAGAAGCUGGCUUUUGGAUAAAGUACGAAAGAAAUCGAGUUUGUGGGUUUUAAGACUUAAAAUUGAAGUACCGACACCAAAUGGAGUCAACACCGGAAUACACGGACACUUACGAUUACUAUGAAGAUAAUGAGACGGCAUGCGACUACUCGGAGUGGGAGCCGUCGUACUCUCUCAUCCCCGUCCUUUACAUGCUGAUUUUCAUCCUUGGGCUUUCCGGUAACGGCGUGGUUAUCUUCACCGUCUGGCGCGCGAAAUCCAAACGGCGCGCGGCGGACGUUUACAUCGGUAACCUGGCGCUGGCGGACCUGACGUUCGUCAUCACGCUGCCUCUGUGGGCGGUGUACACCGCGCUCGGCUACCACUGGCCGUUUGGCGUUGCCCUCUGCAAAAUCAGCAGCUAUGUGGUGCUUGUCAACAUGUACGCGAGUGUUUUCUGCCUGACCUGUCUGAGUUUUGACCGCUACCUCGCCAUCGUCCACUCACUGUCCAGCGGUCGACUCAGAUCCCGUGGCACCAUGCUGGCAUCGCUGGGUGCCAUUUGGUUCCUGUCAUGUCUGCUGGCCGUGCCCACCCUCCUGUUUCGCACCACGGUGGACGAUGCUGGGAGCAACCGCACCACCUGCGCAAUGGACUUCAGCAUGGUCACUAUGAAUCAGCAUCACGAAUACCUGUGGAUCGCUGGACUGAGCCUCUCAUCCUCCGCCUUGGGUUUCCUGCUGCCCUUCUUGGCCAUGACCGUCUGUUAUUGCUUCAUCGGCUGCACGGUCACCCGGCAUUUCAGCCACCUGAGGAAGGAAGACCAGAAGAAAAGGCGUCUCCUCAAGAUCAUCACUACGCUUGUUGUGGUCUUCGCUUUCUGCUGGACACCCUUUCACGUGCUAAAGAGCAUGGACGCCCUGUCUUACCUGGACUUGGCACCCACCUCGUGCGGCUUUCUCCACUUCUUGCUUCUGGCCCAUCCGUAUGCCACAUGCCUGGCGUACGUCAACAGCUGCCUCAACCCGUUCUAUGCGUUCUUCGACCUGCGCUUUCGCUCGCAGUGCCUGUGUCUGCUGAACCUGAAGAAGGCCAUGCAUGGUCACAUGAGCUCCAUGUCUUCGACCCUCAGCGCUCAGACUCAGAAGUCUGAGGUGCAGUCACUGGCCACCAAAGUGUGAAAGAUGCAUAAGUAGAAGAAAAUUGGAGAACACACUGGGUUGGGAGUUGAAUCUACAUGACGGCUGGUCCGUUUUGACUGUUGUGACCCCCUCGGCAUUAAAGGAGAUGUUGAGCAGGACAUUGGGGUUUAAGGAGAAGAAUGCCAGUGGUUAUGAACUAAUAAAAAUGGACUUGGAGAACAUAUUGUUCUGUGCUUGUAAAUAACACAUUCAUAGUUUUGUGUACUCUACUGUAUUCAUGGAUGAGUUGCUGAAGAGAAUGCUGGAUAAUGUGCCUGUGUCUCUGUUUAUGUUUGCCGUCACGCUCCUCACACUCAAAAACAUGCACGCACAGAACCAUGCAAGCAAACAAAAGGAGGUGAAUUUUCUUCCCUGUAAACAAAAAAAAAAGUUACUGUAACUUCCAAACGUUGUCUGAAGCACAAUGAUGCUGCACUGACUGAGGAUGAACUUGUGCUUGUACUGCUGUGAGAGUGUGCGAAGCCUGUAUACACUGGUGUAAAGAUGCAAAUUGUACAGUAUUUUCAUACAAUUUUUUCGGCUAAUUUGCAAUGUGUCGGAAAUGUGUUCAGUAUCUGUAGCACUUGUUAAGAAAAGAUAAAAUUAUAAUUUUUGUUAUCAAAA